AUGAUGCCGCUGCUUCGAUUGUCGCUACUUUUUCUCUCCGACAAAGCGCAUGGUGAUGGACACACACGCCCGCCUCUGAUCACUGCCCGAAGCAGAAAAUCCUCACGAGCUAAAUGGGAAGUCCACCAGCGCCGGAACGUUUCGGUUCAAGCUAGCCUAGCGAGGAAGCAAUGGACACUUUUUAUUGCACCUUUCGUCAGGAGCUCCAUCCAACUUUCAGCUACCAGCAACUAUAGGCUUACUGCUAAGUCCCCCUACCCCUGCCACUCGACGGGUCUAGAUUGUGACUGCCGGCGCCAUUGGCGAGGGAACAUGAAGCCCCCUGUUGACCCUAUCUGUUGCUCACGCAGAUCUUGGGCCUAUGUCCAUUGA